CACAUCUGCGCAUGACCGCUUUUGCCAGUCGGCUCUCCCAUUUCAUUGGUUCGCUAGUGGUGAUGUCAUUAGUAGGCGACGCGGACGCGCAUGCUCACUUGCUAAGAGAUGUCAGUACUAUGAAUCCUUGAAGCGGCGAAUUGGUGGAGGUGAAGGCCGUCAGAUUUGAUGCAAUAUUCUGCAUUUUCUUAACUGGACAUUUAUAUUCUAUAACUAAACAGAAUGGCUUUAAGCUUUAAUGCAAUCCAGAAACUACACCUGUGCCGACAUCCCCUGUGGACUAAACCAUUGUGCCCAUUGUUGCACCCAUCUUCACAACUCCUAUUAUCCAAAGUGUAUAGCAGCAAAUACCGUAGGCCUGGCCUCCCCCCAGAGAACACUCCUCCUUGGAAAAAAAUUGAUUUCAGCUUUGCGAAAGGAGUGCAAGGAGUGCAGAAACACUUUGGCUUGUUGAAGAAGGAAAUAGAGGAUCACUUGAGAGGUCCUGGGGGAAGGACUAUUAAGGAGAAUAUAUUGGAGCAGACAAACAUCGUUUGGGAAUUCAAAAGCUUGGAGGAUCUGAACAAAUGGACUGUAACGUCAGACAAGGAGAUAGGAGGGAAAAGUGAGACAUUUCUAAGGCUGGGAAAGAACAAUCAGACAGCUGUUCUGUAUGGAACACUCAAUACAGACGUUCCUCGGGAUGGCGAAACCAGAUACAGUGGCUAUUGCGCUUUAAGGUCCAAUCCGCCUUUGGGAGCAUUCAAUCGUAAGCUGCAUCAUGACUGGUCAAAUUUCAACACUCUGUUCCUGCGGAUACGUGGGGACGGACGCCCUUGGAUGGUGAACAUCAAAUACGAGACCUAUUUCACCCAACAGUGGGACGAUCUACACAGUUAUUUCCUAUACACCCGAGGAGGCCCAUACUGGCAGGAGGUCAAGAUCCCUUUCUCCAAAUUUUUCUUAUCCAGCCGUGGGAGAAUUCAGGACAAGCAUCAUGCCCUGUGGAGUGACAAGGUAACUACGCUUGGUUUUACCCUCGGUGACAAGGCCGACGGACCCUUUCAGCUGGAAAUAGACUAUAUUGGUGUUUGCAAUGACAGAUCACACACAGAAGAAUGUGCCUAUGAGGAAUACAAGCGCAAACUAUAAAUGUGUGCCAACGUUUCUUUCCAUACUCUGGAUGUAGUACAUAUAUAAUUCAGUGUUGCCCUGCACUGGUAAAACUGCUGUGUUUGCUUCAGAAACACUACUAUUGCAUACCUCCCAACAUUUUGUAAAUAAAGAGGGACAGAUUUUUUUGGUCACGCCCAUUUGUAGUGGCCACACCCCCUAAUUACUAUGUUCAUUUUGCAAAUUGUAUGGUAUGUUAUACACACAGUAACACUGACACUGUAACUGACACAGUAGGGCUCUAGUCUCCCUUGCCUGGCUGCAGUCUGUACGGCAUCCCCCUCCCUAAAUCCCCCCCCCCCCAAGCAGGAGGCAGUUACUCACAGAAGCGCACAUUCCAGCACAAACAGGCGUACCAAGACGAGCAGGCAACCGCUGGGAUGAAAAACAUGUGGAUCCAGCCCUCCUCCUGUUGGCAGCAGCGUGGAAGUGAGUGAUGGCCCCAUGUUUCUGCUCCUUAACCGGAGCCCCCUGGCACUACACUAAGCCACCAGCGGGGGGGGGGGGCGCCUCUG